AUGACAGAACGUGAUAGGAACGCCAGCCAGGAAACACCGAGAAAUCUAAUGAAACAAAGCGAGAAUCAGUCUGGAGUCUUCGGAUUUGUUGCCCUGUCCUCGUGUAUUCGGAUUAUUGAAUCGCCACCAAUGAACUGUACUCAAAAGGAACUCAACUGUACUGCCAAGAUAAGUGACUGUCUGGAUGAGAGCUGGAUCAGGGAGCAGAGAUGGACCCCGUCGGCUCCCUUUGGGGGGGUCGAGGUAACGGGGGAGGUGAGGGAGGAUGAGCACGGAGACCAGGUGCCAGUCAUGCUAAUCAAGUGGAGAGCAGCUCAAGAUGCGAGCAUCCAGUAUCUGAAAGGAACAGUCGUCCAUGUGCUGAAACUGUCCAACAACGAAAAACUGUGCGUCCAGUACGAGUUCCAAAACAAAAUCAAGAAACAGAACAACGUGUACGGGGCACCGUGGUCGUUCUCUUUGGAUAGAUUUGUGGCGGAGCCGGGAGUGAAGUACGAGGUUUCAGUGUACAACCUGCCCAGACCCAGCCAACAGGGAGACCACUACUACAAAUCCAGGAAUUUCUCUAUGCCAGAAUGCAGAGACGUCCGCAUCAAAAGGACCAAAUUGUGCCAGCUGAGAGGAAGCCUGUGGGAGCCCAACAUUGCGUUCUUCACCUACGGGUUGGAAGCCACAGUGCAGUUGGACACUGGCGAUCACUCGGAGCGAUACAAGGUGGUCCUGGAGAGCUGCUAUGAGUCAACCAUCUGCAACACGAAGAGUCAGGAGAUUACCAAGGAGGGUAAACAAACCAUAAACGCAACAUUCUCACUUAAGGACUGGAAAGCGACGUCUUGUCAAUUUAAUGUGGUGAUUCAGCCUUACUUCGUGGCAUGCAGCAAUGACUGCGUUCGACAGAAGAAAGUGUUCAAUACCUGUAAAGGUUCCCCAGACCCAUCAGACCCCCCGCAGAAGCUGUACUACCUCAUUCCUCUACUGGGAUUACUGGGAGCUGGCUUUGUGGGCUGCUGUGUCAUUACCUGGAAGAGGAACAAGACUACAGAACCGGAAACUGGGGAUUCUGAAGCUGACACCAAUCCCUCGACAGCCCCCCUCCUAGACAGCAGGGAGAGCCCCCAGAAGAGGAAGGUGCUGAUUCUCUACUCCCUGGACCACCCGCUCUACAGGGAUGUGGUACUGAAGUUCAGCGCCUUCCUGCAGGCUGAGUGCGGCGCUGAUGUGCUGCUCGACCUGCUGGACACGCAGCGCAUGGGGGAACUGGGGCACCUGGCCUGGCUGGCAGGGAGGAAGCAGGAGAUCGAGGAGGACUCCUCCAACAAGAUCCUGCUCCUCUGCUCGCGGGGCGUCCGUGCCAAGUGGCAGGCCAUGCUGGGGGGGGCGGGGGUGCUGCUCAAGCAGGACGUGCUCUCGCCCAUGGGGGACAUGUUCACCCCCGCCCUGAACCUCCUUCUCCCGGACUUCAAGCUGCCUGCCUCCUUUGGGAAGUACGUGGUGGCAUAUUUUGAGGGGGUGAGCGGCGAGCAGGAUGUGCCCGAGCCCUUCCACAUCGCCGUCACGUACAAGCUGAUGAAGCACUUCGAGGAGAUCUACUUCCGGCUUCGCGGUGAGGAGAAGCACAAGCCGGGCCGGGUCAAGCGGGUCCCAGGGAUCUCGGAGGACGAGUACUUCCACAAGCCCAGCGGCCGGGCGUUGCGCCACGCCAUCGAGGCCUUCCAGGUGCACCAGGCUGCACACCCAGACUGGUUUCAACAGGAGUGCCUGCAGAGCGAGGAGGAGGCCUUCGGGGGUGUGGUGGAGGAGGAGAGCAUCCCGGGGCAGCUCCAUGAGACCUGCAUGCACCAGGUCAUGCUGCAAUAUGAGAAAACGGCUCCACCCUGCGUCCUCAACGAGGUCCUCUCCUCCCAGCCUACAGCUGGGGUCCUGGCUCUGAGCCACAUGCCGAGGGAGGUCAAGCAUGGAGUCCUGUCCCAGGCGGUUCUCCACCACGCUGGCCCAGAGCUCUGCCAGAUCUUUACUUCGCAGCCGGUCCUCCGGGACGACAGGGGGAGCUCCUGCACCCAGGUGCUGGUUUGUCCUUCUGCUUUGGAGGAGGGCAGCUGUCUGAGAGCCGAGCUAUCGGUGCAGACGCCAGCAUUGCUGGAGAGAAACGAGCCGAGUGUGCUUGGGGAGGAGGGGGAGGAGCUUGGGGGUGAGGAGGGAGGGGGGCAUGGGGAGGAGCUUGGGGAAGUCCCGCUCCGGUCUCCCAGCCACCUCUCCCCCGAGAUGUGGCACAGCCUCCUGGCUCUUCAGCAGUCCCACAGUGCCCUCCCGGGCCCUUCUCUGCUCUCCGAGCCAGACCAGCGGGGGCACAGCGACAAGAGGUGGUCGGGCGAGUCAGACCAGGGCUACAUCUCGAGGAGCUCCCUGGGGCCAGACCCCCAGAAUGACCCCCAGAGUGAUCCCAUGGCCGAAGUGAGGAAGCUGCAGCAGGAGUGUUUCAUGGACAGUCUGCGGUCACCAGGGCUGGCAGCCUUGGCACUGCCAGCGAGCUGA